AUGGGAAGCAAUGGUCCUGAGGAUUCUAAUCUAUUCAAAGCUGAGGAAUAUCUUCUGACAAAAAUGGCAUAUUUAGAUAAUCUGGUUUUAUUUAAUAUCAUACAAAUCACCAAUAUUUCCAAGUCAAAGCUUAAUCAAUUGGACGAAUGGAAAAGUUAUGAAGAUCCUAAUAAGGCCUCUGUGGAUCGCAUAAAGUCACGCAGUGGUACCCGUUUAGUGCGAGAGGUUAAAAUGGAUGAAGUGGAGGAUUCGCUGUUUCAACCUACUAAGGACAUCUACAAAUUAAUGUUGAGAGAUAAGGCAGGAAACUACUGUUACGCGUACGAGUUUAAUGAUGUGCUUUCAUUUCUAAGAGAGAAAAGACCCACGACUAAUACUCCAUUGAAUAUCCCAUUGGGUGGUAGAUUAGUUGUGGACAAGGGUACAUCGAUUCUGAAUGGUGUAUUGUUACUUAAACGAAACCAAUGUCAUUACUUGGGCACAGAUGAAUCUGAUAGGCAAUUGAUAGACACAUUGAAUAGUAACCUAGUUAAAAAGUAUAUUAAUCUAUUAACUGACGAGGUUGGGCAGAUUUAA